UGUCGCGUUUUGUCGUACGUCACAUCCGGCGAAGGGGACUCUUAUCUCCCACGGUGCCUUGCGGUCUCUCUCUCUUCCGGUUGUCGUGCUCUUCGUGUGGCAGCAGACCGCGAUCAGAAAUGGCCAAGUCGAAGAACCACACCACACACAACCAGUCUCGUAAGGCGCACAGAAACGGCAUCAAGAAGCCGAGGUCUCAGCGCUACGAGUCUCUCAAAGGGGUGGACCCUAAGUUCCUGAGGAACAUGCGCUUUGCCAAGAAACACAACAAGAAGGGGAGGAAGACCAUCGCCAAGAGGGAGGCUUCCAAAUAGAUGAGGAUAGACCCCAGAGAGUCAGCUGUGUACAGAUGUUCUCCAGAAGGACUUCAUACCAUCCACAAUAAAGCCAUGCUUUGACUAA